AUGUCGUAUUCAUAUCUAACAGAUUCCACCUACGGUAAGGACAAUGUAAAGUUUUUGAAAGUCAAGAAGGAUAAGUCAAAUCCUAAGCUGCACGAAGUCAUGGAGGCCACGGUGAAAGUCUUACUGAAGGGUGACUUUGAUAUCUCAUAUACCGAGGCUGACAAUACACCAAUUGUGCCCACCGAUACCGUCAAGAACACAAUUUUGAUCUUGGCCAAACAGUACGACACAUGGCCAACCGAAAAAUUUGCUGCCAAACUUGCUUUGCAUUUCACUAGUAAGUACAGUCAUGUUUCUGGAGUUACUGUUGAAAUUUACCAGGACCGCUGGGUUAAGUACAAUGUUGACGGCAAGGAAAGCCUUCAUUCGUUCGUUCAUCAAGGUCCCGAGAAAAAGAUAGUUUUCCUUGAUUAUGAUGAAAAGAAUGGACCUUCCAACUACCUUUUGACCACUAGUAUCAAGGAUUUGACCGUUUUAAAAUCUACAAACUCAAUGUUCUAUGGUUAUAACAAAUGUGAGUACACGACAUUGAAACCAACCACCGAUCGUAUCCUGUCCACAGAUGUCUUUGCGCUAUGGGAAUGGAACUGUUCUAAACUCGGGUGUUUGAAGUCUAUCGCCCAGGGUGCCAAGGACUCCACUUUUGACUCUGUCUACGUUUCUGCCCGUGAUAUCACUUUGGAUAUAUUUGCCAAGGAGAACUCCGCCUCUGUGCAGGCCACCAUGUUCAACAUGGCAACUGCCAUAUUGAAAAAAGCUCCAGAAGUAUCCUAUGUAACCUAUGAGCUGCCUAACAAGCACUAUCUCCUGUUCGAUUUGAAGUGGUUCAGAGGCUUGGAGAACGACAAUGAGUUGUUCUAUCCAUCCCCACACCCAAAUGGACUAAUCAAAUGUAGGGUGGGCCGGAAGACCGCCAAGCUAUAA